AUGAAGAAUAAAGUGUUGACGCUGAGGUCACGGGGAGGAGGAAGUGCGAAGGUCUCUGGAACCAGUGCGAUCCACACAUCCGCGUAUUCUCCACAAGAUCAGAAAUCGGAGCCGGAAGAUUCGUCAAUGAAACACAAAGUGUUGACGCUGAGGGCAUGGGGAGGUGCCAAGAUCUCCGCGACCAGGGCGUACCCUACGGAAGAUGUGACAUCGAAGUCAGAAGCAACAGAACCGUUCAGGCUUCUCGAUCUCCCCUCGGAGCUUCGGUUGAAGAUAUACGCCUUGAUAUUCCACUCUUGCCCCGACGUCAUUGACCUGGACCCGGACAACUACAAAAACAUCCAUCGCAAGUUGUCCAUAUUAUAUGCCUCGCGCCGAAUACACGGGGAGGCAUCUCAUCUCCUUUAUUCCACCAGAACGUUCCGCAUCUUCCCAUGUAUCGACCGGUACUUCAAGUCAAAACGGCCUCUUCUUGCCCGCCUAUCCCCACGAUGCCGGAGCUCUAUAUCAUCCCUUGAGUUGCGCCUUGGCCCAGGGUUUGCAAGCCCUCCGAAGAACUGGGCUGUGACGGAAUCUCUAGGCCUAAAGGAUGCCAUAAAUGUUCGCAUUCUCAAAGUCAUUGUUCAGGUUGAUACAUCAAAUCCAAUGUUCAAUGGGUACCGCGCCAGAGGUCUGGGCGAAUCAUUCUAUGAAGAUUUUUCGAAAUCCUUGCUUGACAAGAUUUUGGAGGCUGUGCCAUCAAUCAGUGAGGUCCAGCUUGACGCCUGGACUUCAAUUAACAAGGAUGGACCCAUGAUAAGCGGUUUGAUGAGUGUGGUGAACCAGCAUCGGAAAGUGAUAUCGUGGGGGCCAGAGAGGGGUUGGACCAACGAGAAAGGAAAGGAGGUGAUUGAUCUGGGAAUCGCAGUAAAGCCUCCAGUGAUACGAGUUUUACCUGAGGUUGCUGUGGUCUCUUGA